GCAGCGGGCCGGGCUCCGGUUAGACGCAUCUCCCGACACUUCCGCACUCCUUAAGUUUCAAGUGAAAUCACGCAGGCUGGGAGAGCAGAGGAAAAGGCAGAUGCUGCCACCCGUGCCGCGAUAAACUCAGCCCGGCCCUUCUCGCCACAGUCCCGCCGCCGAGCGCCCUAGCCAGGUCCCGGCGGAUGCGAAGCACGGGGGCGGUGCGAGCCCUCCCAGCGCCCGCCCGCCCCCUGCCCUUUGCCCCCGCCGGUGUCCCAGCGCUUCCUGUUCCCAACCACGUGGGCAGCGGGAUGGCGGGCGGCGCGGCGGGCGAGGCGCAGUGCCUCAGCUACACGGGAUGCAACUUCCUGCGGCAGCGCCUGGUGCUGGCCACGCUCAGCGGGCGCCCGCUGAAGAUCCGCAAGAUCCGUGCCAAGGAGGAGGACCCCGGACUCCGCGAUUUUGAAGCAAGUUUUAUUCGCCUGAUUGACAAAGUGACCAAUGGCUCACGCAUUGAAAUAAACCAAACAGGUACUACCUUGUAUUAUCAGCCUGGUCUUCUGUAUGGAGGCUCACUGGAACAUGACUGCAGCCCCAGCCGUGGUAUUGGCUACUACUUGGAAAGUCUGCUCUGCUUGGCACCUUUCAUGAAGCAUCCAUUGAAGAUUGUCUUGAGGGGAGUAACAAAUGAUCAAGUAGAUCCUUCGGUUGAUGUCCUUAAGGCAACAGCUCUACCCCUUCUGAAGAAGUUUGGAAUUGAUGGUGAAAGUCUGGAAAUCAAGAUCAACCGAAGAGGAAUGCCUCCCAAAGGGGGUGGAGAGAUACUGUUUUCUUGCCCAGUGAGAAAGGUCUUGCAGCCUGUUCAGUUCACAGACCCUGGAAAAAUCAAGCGCAUCAGAGGAACUGCAUACUCUGUCCGAGUGUCACCACAGAUGGCAAACAGAAUGGUGGAAUCUGCAAGGGGCAUCCUGAAUAAAUUCCUCCCAGACAUCUAUAUCUACACAGACCAUAUGAAGGGGGUCAGCUCUGGAAAAUCACCAGGUUUUGGCAUGUGCCUUACUGCAGAAACCAUCAACGGCGCUAUUCUCAGUGCUGAGCUAGCCUCAAACCCUCAGGGCCAGGGAGCAGCUGUGCUUCCUGAGGAGCUGGGCCAGAAUUGUGCUAAGCUGCUGCUUGAGGAGGUCUACAGAGGAGGCUGUGUAGAUUCAACAAAUCAGAGCCUUGCUCUGCUCCUUAUGACCCUUGGACAGCGAGAUGUUUCCAAAGUCCUGUUGGGACCUCUGUCUCCGUACACAAUUGAGUUUCUGCGACACCUCAGAAGCUUCUUCCAGAUCAUGUUUAAAAUUGAAACAAAGACCGCUGAAGAAGAGCACAUGGGCGGGGAGAAAGUCUUAAUGACAUGUGUUGGCAUUGGAUUUUGCAACCUCAGUAAAACUAUAAGAUAAAAAACAUCUACAGACUCCAUGAAAGACAGAAAAUGCUGCAAAGAUCUAAUAAACCCUACCUGUCUCUGUACUUACUCUGGCGUAGGGAGACGUGAUGAUUCCAGUGCGGGGUUACCCAAGCUCACUGCAUGUAAACAAUAAAGCUGACUUCAGACUAUUUCAAUCUGUGCUAUUUAUAAAUGCAGUGCCAGUAUUCUGUGCUGCUUGGAGUGGCUCUCUGGAGUCUCAGCUGACUUGGGACUCUUUGCACUGUAUUCCACUGAAUGGGACACAAGUGCCUCAUGUCACUGUGCUCUCAGGCCUUAAUGAGGUGAGUGCUCUGGUUUUGUGUAUUUACUGCUUUCACUCGUAGCUUUUUCUGAAAGGUUUAGAUAGAGAGGGAAAACAAAAACAAGCUUUGCAUUGCGAAACAAAUGAUCACAACGGAAAUAUUAGAUUAUUGAGGUAAUUGCAGAGAUAAUAUUGGCAUGAAAAUUAAAAGUAUGGCAGCAA